AUGGCUGACCAGGUUGCAACGCAAGCCUUCUCUCUGGUCGGAUGGGCAUUUCUACCUGCGUAUGCUACCGCUUUCUUACAAUCUGUCUAUUACCGACUCACAAUUCGUGCCGGACAGCGCCAUCCGCAGCCCGGUGAGCCCCUCUUCGCCUACCACAAUCGUCGGAUCCGGAUCUUCGUCUUGUCCCUCUACCUCCUCUACACCCUUCUGCAGGCGCUGUACGAUGUCAAGCUGGCGGGAGACUUCUACGCCCUUCUCGGAGUCACGCCUUGGUCGACGGAGAGGGAGGUGAAGAGUCGGUUCAGGAGGCUGGCCGCGAGAUACCACCCAGACAAACUGCACGAGAAUGGGCAGCCGUUCCCGGGCGGAGAAGGAGUGUUUGUCCAGUACAAACUUGCGCAUGACACCAUCCUGGAUCCCGCCAAACGGUUUGCCUAUGAUCGAUUCGGGCCGGGAAUCGUCCAGGUGCAACAUCCUGGGCUGAAAACCAUCAGGCACUACGUCUACGCCGGCUUACGCUCCAAAAUCCCCGAGUACGCGUCCAACGCAGCCAUCCUGGUGGUGCUGAACUACACCUGGCUGCCACGCUGGGGACAGUUCUGGCGCUAUUUUAUUGUUGCUUGCAUGGCAUUCUUGGAGUUGUAUUUCUUGACCCACACAUGGCAGCCUCCGCGUUUGAUCCUGCUCUGGGCUUCCACAGUGCACAAGGUCUUGCCGCAUCUGUUACCACCACACCUUCUCCCUUUCCAGAUCCUGGGUCUAGCAAGGAAGUUGUCCAUGUCCUUGAACAUCUUCAUUUCACAGCUCGCCCCUCCCAAGGCAAGAGACCCGGCUGUGAGAGAUGGCCAGACUCAGCAGCAAGUUGCCCACCUGGCUCAGGCGGCGGGCAAAUUAGACGCAGAGACGGUGGGUUUGCUUCAGCUGGCAUUGAGCCCCUUCAAAGGUGACGCGAGCAAAUCGGAGAUGCUCCGGGCAGGCAUGAAAGAGACCUUGCUUGCCGGAGCACUAAGAACGAACCCAGAGGUCCGGGAAGCGGUGCAGAGGGCCCUCGAGAGGAGAAGACGAGGUCCAGGUCCCAUGGUGGUGCAGGACAGCGAAUGA